AUGUCAGACACUAAACCCAAUUCGGCACUUUACAGCAACAUGGUAGCUAGCUCUGUUGCAGCAGUCUUCCAAACUACAAUAUCGCAUCCAUUUGAGUUUUUGAAGACAGGCCAACAAUUGCAUCGCUCUUUACCCAAUGUUGAAUCAUUUAACAUGUUCCACCAUGUGAAGAGCUAUUUUGCAGGUUGCUCCGCAUUGAACAUCGGAAUACUUCUAAAGACUUCUACAAGGUUUACUACAUUUGAUAAGGCAUGUGAAAUGCUCAAGGAUCCAGAAAACCCAGAAGCACCUAUUUCUGGUUUAAGGUUGAUCGCCGCAGGCUCGAUUACAGGGUUCAUGGAGAGUCUGCUCAUAAUUCCUUUUGAAAAUAUUAAGACGAGGAUGAUUGAGAAUGCAGUAAUACUAUCCAAUAGGUUCCAAGAAGAACAGCAGACGAAGCAGCUAGAACAACAACCGAAGAGUGGUGUACAGAAAAAUGCCACCCAAGAGAGACCAACUUUUCAUAAGCCUUCCAAGAGCAAUCUCAAUCCUAGGUAUGAAAAGUUCUUGUACUAUGAAAAGCACCCAUCAUCCAAUAUUUUUUCCACCGUUAAAGAGAUGAUGCAAACUAGGGGAUUUGCAUCAUUUUUCCAGGGUAGCAUGCCUACUAUUUUCAGACAAAUGGGCAACAGUGUAGUACGGUUUACUACAUAUACAGCGCUUAAACAAAUGAUUUCACCAGACAAACCUUUGAAAGAGUACUACGCAUUCGGUAUUGGUGUCUUUUCUUCAUGUGCAGUCGUUGCUCUAACUCAACCAAUAGAUGUCGUCAAGACGAGAAUGCAAAGUAAAUAUACAUGGUCUUUAUACAAGAAUUCUUUAAAUUGUGUCUACAGGACAUUCAUUGAAGAAGGUCUUGCCAGUUUAUGGAAGGGUUGGGUUCCGCGUCUGUUCAAGGUAGGGUUAUCUGGUGGUGUUUCUUUCGGCAUGUAUCAAUACGUGGAUAACCUAAUGCUCUCAAUUGAGCAUCAGCGUUCUUUGUCUCAUGACUAA